AUGUCGGGUGUUUGUGGCAGAAAUCAAUCCGUUGAAUGUAAACCAUGUUCAACAUCCUGUCCAGCUGGAAUGUAUGAAGACAAGCCCUGUUCCCAAUACUCUGAUAGAAUCUGUCGAGCUUGUCGUCCAUUAUGCAUUUCUGAAGAAUUCGAGUUAUCACCAUGCAAAGGAUCAAGUAAUCGUAUCUGCAAACGUAAGGAUCUUAUACCCGAAUUAGUUGUUCCGUAUAAAAAGAAUGUUUGGUUUGAAAAUCGUAAAAGAGUACAAGAAGCUACAGUUACACUUCAUCCAGAAGAUAUUGGACGUUUACCAAUGAAUAAGUCUAUUAUUAUUGACAGAGGAUCUGGUUAUCAGGUUCGUUUGGAUUUUGAAAUCCUUAAUUUAAUGCCAGUUUUGGGUCCAGUGGAUCAUUCAUCAGGAAAUGAUAAUCAUCUAUUUAUGUUAGCUGCAUCAUUAAUGGAUCAGUCAACAUUAGAGCCGGAUUCUUACAGAUGGUCAUCGGCUACUGGUCAAUAUCAUACAGUGCAUGCUUAUUCGUUGAAAGCAAAUAGUACUUUAUCAAAGUUAUGCCCUUAUCCAGUCCCGCCACUUUAUCGUCUUGGUAUGCGUGUUCAUCGGAAUGUUACUACUGCUACAGUACCAGACGCCAGUUUACCUGGACAUCGUCCUGUUCUAGCCAGUUGUCGCACAUAUAAACAACAUGGACACUUUCCACCUUUAGAACUCACUCCACGCCAAACUGAAUCAGAACACUAUGCACAAACAUUUGGAUCAGAGCAUAGAAGCAUUUAUGAUCAGUCGAAAACAAACAGCGGAAAUCCAACACCAGCGGUUGUCGCCUGUCUAGAACCUGGUCGUUUACCUUCAAUCUUUGGAUCUCAUUGGAAUGCUGAACUUGCUUCCCCGCGUUCUAUUUAUUAUGAAGAGAAGCAAUUAUGUGGUCAAUUGAAACUUGACUGUCAGCACUGUUUAGCAUCGUGUGCUGAAGAAUUAAAAGCCAGUUCGUUAACGUGUAAACCAACUCCAGGAGCUGCGGAUAAUGGUCGUUCACCACGUUUAGAAACAUGCUUUGAUUGUUGUGCUCGAGAUAAUUGCACUGAUGUAUGCGACAAAUAUCCUGCACAUCGUUGUCAUAUGCAAUUGUGUAGUUAUGGUUUAAGAUUAGAUUUCUCACUAACGCCAGAAUGGCCUAAACAAGGUGAAUUUCUGUGUCAUGUCCAACCAGCGCCAAGUAGACCGAUAUAUCGUUUGCAUUGGACUUUAUUAUAUCAAGGUAGACCCUUGACACCUGAUAGAUUCCCAGCAUCACUUGUUCUGCCGUUAUCUUCAAUGCCAGGUGAAAAUUCAGGCAAAAAUGCAAAUGGAUGGAAUUCAGGUGGUGGUGGAUUAUCAGCCAACAGUGGUGGGACUAUAACACAAACUUACAGAGGUCUGCUACAUAUCCAGUACACUUCAGGAUUAGAACAUUUACCGGAUGUAAUCGGUGGAACGGACACAAUGCAAAGUGCUUAUUUCUGGAGUAAACAAACUAUACCAUUAGUGAGUGGCAGUGGAACAAGUAUUCCCUUUGAUUCGCUAACAUCACAUUCCUCGUCAGCUUCAUCGUCGACUAUACCAUCGGAUAGAUUUUACUCCAAUCCAAUGUUAUAUACACCAACAGAUGUAUCGAAUGAAAUUGCUAGCCUACAAGUAUGGCCUUCUCAACCACUGAAAGUUAGCACAUCUGCAUGGACACGAUUAAGCGGUGCACCGUGUACAACAGCUGAACCAUUAAUUGAACAAUUGAAUAUAUACACUCCUGCAUUACCACCAUAUAUAGCAAUGGGUGAAGUGAAAGUUGAAUACUUAGGUAAUUAUAUGUACGCUGUAUCACAUUCAAGAAUCAGACCAAAAUUGAGUUUUAGUCUACCGAAAACAACAUCUUUACUUGGUGCUGUGUUUUAUCCAGCCUCUGUGGAACGUGGACAUUAUCUACGAGCAAGUCUAGCCUUAGCAUGGUUAACAGAACCUGAAAUUAAAAAUGGUGAUAUUCUAAUCGACAGUAGUAGUAGUAGUAGUGGUCAGAAGACAAGUACAAAAUUAAGAAAUUCUGAGUUAUCAUCAUCGUCAUCAUCAACAAUGAAUACAGAAUCAUUAAAGAAGCAAAGAUUUUGGGUGAUCGAUUUUACUGGUCAAGUGGAUCAAUUCCCUGGAUUAUUCCGCCUUCUUGUUUAUCCAGACAAUAUAGACGAUGAUGGCGAUGAUAAUAGUAAUAAUAAUAAUAAUAAUAGUGGCAAAAAUGACAGCAUGAUGACCAACGGUAGAAUGAAAGACAAGGGUACCGACUAUCUAUUACAACAACGACGUCGAAAUUCACACCACCUAAUUACAUCAUCUGUUGAUGCUACUGUUGAAAUUGAAGAUGACGGGGAUGAUGAUACUUUAAAUUCUGGAAUUGAUUUAGGCGGAAAAGAACCCGAAGAUGAACCAUUAUUAGACUAUGAUAUUGGAGUUUUUGAAGAACGUAAAUUUCAGUUACGCAUUCUUAUCCCUGGUCCUACUAGUGAACCUGACUAUGAGAAAGCUUUUCGUCUUGUCAUCCUGGACGCCAGUAAUCGUUUAGAUAUUCGAGUUAAACGAGCUGUUCAACCACCAGAUGAAAUGGCGUUACGCAGAAUCUAUGGACAACUUUCUGACGGUGAUGGUCGGCCAACUCUAGUUGAUCUACUGCCGAGUUUAGCUGCACGGCAACAAGCAAUUCAAGAUAGUUUAUUGAAAGAAAACUCAGAAAAAAGUGAUUACACCUAUGAAAAUUCUAAUGACAGGAAAUUUUCUAAACGAGAAGCUAACAACAACAACUAUCCACACUCAUCUACUAAUGAUCAAAAAAUGAAUACAAGAUCUGAUAAAACAAGUGAUCAAAUUUCAUCUGCAUCCUCGUCAUCACCAUCAUCAUCCUCGUCAUCACCAGUAAUGAGAAGCACAUUCGGUCCAUCAUCUGCACUUGUUUAUUCUGUAGUUUGUAUACUUUUACUACUUUCACUUAUACUAUUCAUUGGUUAUGUCACUGAGCCUGAUCCUACAAUGGCAUGGGUUAAAUUAAGUCCAUUUGAGAAUCAAUCAAAUCUGGAUGGUGAUCGUGUAGCUUUAGUUUCAAACCCGAUUCGUCAUCAUUAUAACAGUUGUAUAUCACGUUGGUUUCGUGUAUUUCUACUUAUGGGUUAUUUAUGCCUGAAAUCCGCCUACACAUUUGGUGUGACAUUAACAGCUCUAGCUAUUAUAAUUCGUUAUAUGACUAGUGAAUCUGCAAAUAAAUUAAACAAUUUACCUGAAUGGAAUAGUUUAAACGAUCAGUCUGGUGGUCAACUAAUGGGGACUAGUUUAACAAGACAAAAAUUAUUACAAGAUGCUAUGGAUGUUCAUUUAAGAAAUGAAUUAAUCAGACAACAGACAGAAGUUAAACAACUACGUGAUAUCUGUGAUCGUGGAGUGGAAAUGAUGUUUGAACAAAUGAAUAAACGAUUAGAUUCUGUAUCAAGUCUAGCAGCAUCUAGACGUAGUCGAGUACUCUUAUCACAAGCAGUUGCUGAACUAGCAAGAGCUACGGCUACAGCAUCAGCAUUACAAUUAGCUGAGGGUUUGAUUACAUUCAAUGAGACAGCUGAAUGGGCUAUGAAUCGUCUUCAGGCUGAUUUAGUUGAAACUGAAAAAGCUUUAGGAAGUUCUGAUUGGCUUACAGGUGCUCGUAUUAUCUAUUCCGAGAUUGUUCGUCUGCGAGCUCUUACUCCAGAUCCAAAUGAUCCAACACGUUCAUUCUUAGCUUGGGCUAAACUGAUCUCACCAGAAACUAAUCUAAACAAUCUACAAACACCACAACUUUCAUUGCCUAUAAAUUUACCAUCAUUAGAACCAGAACAAUUUGUUAUACCUACACCGACAAUAAAAAGAACUUCAGCAACCCACGGAACAUUAUCAGAUAUUGAUGAACCAGAAUAUGGACCAGUUUAUGUACCGUUUGUACCACAACCGAUAGAUAUUGAGACAAGCGGAGAAUUCUGGUCACCCAAUAGUGUUGAAAACUCAUUAAAUAAUCUAGAUGAAGCUGGUGAAUUCUUGGAUAAAUCGACCAAUAAUGAUAUGAAUUCACAAGAGACGACAUCUUCGAAUGGAACACACGCUAAUAAUAAUAAUAAUUUAAAUGGGUAUGGUGAUACUGACGGGGAUUCAACUACAUCAAACAGUGAAGACAACUGGAUAUUUUCAAAUUUUGAUUUAGGCUGGGUACAUGUUUUAGGCGCUGCAUUAUUUUUAGAUGCUUUGUGGCUUAUACAUCGUGUACUGCAUACUGUAGAUACUGCUGAACGUAUUCUAUACGGUGAUGUUGUAUUUAUCGAUUUAACUGAAGAAGGCCUUCGACGUCGACUUGCGGAACGAAGUAAACUUCGUAAAGGUUUCAAACAUGCAUUUCAAAUAAUUAUGCAACCAAGUACAAUUCGUAAACUGUGCGCCAGUGUGCUUGCUCUUCUCAUUGUUACUCAAGCUUCGGCACAUUUGGAUCGGUUGUUAUCACAGGAAAUGUUGGACUAUGUGGGAUAUUAUGAUAAUUUGGUUCUACCAGUACAUUUACAUGCUCGUCUUGUCAAUGUACAUGUAACACGUUCUGCUCAACGUUUAAAUCAAUAUGAAUUAGCAAGUUUAGAAUCAGAAGUAAGCCGUAGAUUAAGAGAGACACAAUUUCUACUGCAUCAAUGGACACUUUGGUUAAAUGAUAUUGAACAAGAACAGUGUCGUUUACUACUUGCAUAUAAGGCUGCUGCUCAAAAUUUACGUACAAAAAUGUUAGCACAGUUAAACCGUAAUUCAGCAUUGGCUAAAUUAAAUUUACCUAUUCAUAUGAUAAAUAAGGAACAACAACAACAACAGCAGCAAAGAUCAACCUCAGAUUGGAAGUCUUCUUCUUCUAAAUCGUCAUCAUCAACUUCUUCAUCUGCAUCAUCUUCGUUUACUGUGAAUAAUAUUGCUGAUGCUGUUGUACCAAAACACUGUCGAAUGACACAGUCUGAACGAGAUAUAGAAAUGGCUGAAGCACGUCGAUUAGACAUUCCCUAUUGUCCAUUGAAACCGAUUGUUCCAAGACUAUUUAAAGAAUAUAAUGCUUCAUUGUACUUUGCUGAAGUUGUAAUACAAUCUGAGAAUUGGUUAUCAACUGCUCGUGAUUAUUUAGGUCAUUUUUUAUUUUGUAUAUUUAUUUACGUCAGUGCUAUUGUCUUAUGGAAUACAACAGGCUCUGUAGUCUGGUUACUAUUGAACAGACUUAGCCUUCUACCACAAAAAGUUUUAUUCAAAUCAGACAUUUCCAGUUGGCAACCAGUAGAUGUACCACAUCAAUUAUGAAGAUGAAACAUGAAAGAGAGAGAGAGAAAAAGAAAGAAAGAAGGAAAGAAAAUGUGUUAAUUAUCAUCCAUAAGAGAGUAUGCAUGGGCAUGAUUCAUUCAUGAUAAUAUUGUAUAUGUAAUUUUAUUUCAAUUUUAAUUUCUUUAUAUCUCAUAAUAAUACUAACAAUAAUAUUAAUAAUAAUUUCACAUGACUAGUGCUCAGCUAAAGGAAAUCUCGAAAUUAUCUAGGUACCAUUAAUCAUUAUAACAAUAAUAAUAAUACUGAAGCAUAAGAAAUAACCUUAUUCAACCGGUCAGUUUAUGUAUCUAUUUUAUUAAAAUGUGAUUGGUUAAUUAAUUACUAACGUUACUGAUGCUUUUAUCUUAAUUAUAAGAUGUCUAACUGCUGAUUUCAACUUGUACGCAUUUCUCCUAUGA